AUGACUACCUGGGUCCGGAAAAGGCUCCACUUUGCCCAAACCAUGGAGGACUUCCGUGUUGCCCUGCAGCGUUUCCUUGAUACGGGAACUCGCACGCAUGAGAAAAUGCGGAAAGCCAUCAUCCUGGAUCAGCAAAGGGAUUGGAAAACCCACCUGGAAUUUCUUGGUGUGCACAUGAAGGGCCACACGGGUCGUGCAGCUCCCCGAGUUUUCGAAUUCCGUCAGCGCCGAGGCCUUCCAGACUCGCAUCCGAUGCGGCAGCAAGGCUCUGCCACAGAUGUCAUCCUUAGGUGCAAGCAGUACAUGUCGGACGCUGCGUUUCAGCAAAGUCUGGUACUUUUGACAAGUCAGCAGCUAGAUUCUCUGCCGGCAGCCCUGCCCACUGGCAUGCUUCCACGGCUGGUCAAGACCAAAAAAUACCGCAACAUGAUUGAGAGGCACGCCGAAAUGAUUGAGCAGUCGCCCUUCAACAUGAGAGAUGCAGCACGCGAGCUUCGCUCGUGGGUGAAUGAGACCCGCCCAGAACUGCCGCCUCUGGAUGUGCGUCAUGUGGCUAUGUUCCCUCACCUUCGUCGUUUACAUGAUCCACCGCGCCCGCUCCAAGUUGUAGCACUUGAUGACAAUGAUGCCGCGGCACCCGAAGCCUUACCUCUCGAAAUCUCAAUGACACCGGUGACGUUGGGCAAGAAGCGUGUCCGAGCUUCAACACCGAAAGCUAGCGCGAAAGCCGCAAGGUCGCAGGCUAGCGCACUGCGAAAGGCACGAGAUGAUGAGAAAGCUGCAAAAGCUGUCGAAGAAGCAGAAUUCAAGACCAACCUCAUUUCAUUCUUAACGAAACACCAGAACCUGAGUGCGUCUGAUGCAAGCACAGUGGCAGCGGAAGCAUUCAAGAGACGGCAGAACAAAAGUCUCAAGACUAGACGUGCAGCGCCGCAUUCCCUCGACGACAACGACGACGGCAAUGACAACAGUGAUGGCGAACCCGGCGUCCUCGAUUUGGAGGCCUUUUAA